ACUGAAUAUACCAAAAUUCAAUCAGUCUUAGAACGAACAUCAGGCGAAGCGCACAUCCCAGUUGAUGUGUGCGUGUGUAUGUGUGCGCGUUUUUGUCCCAAAUUAUAAACAAUAAGCAUCAUCAAAUAAAUAAUAUAUAAUAACAAUAAAAAAAAAAAAAAACUAAUUCGAAAAACAUUAAAUCAUCAAGAUGUGUUGUUGCACGGUCAGAUGUUGGAGUUUAUUCCUGGCCUGGUCAAAUCUAAUUGGCUGUGUUAUUGGUUUUAUUCUCACCGUGGCCUUGAUAUUCGUUGGCGCUAAUAGCGAAAUGCAGGAUGAAAGGCAGGGAAUGUUUAUUCUGAAUAUUCUUAUACCAUGCAUCGUGUGUAUCAUCAACAUAGUUUUGUAUGUCUUGCUGCUGGUUGGCAUCUAUCAGAAACGUCAUCGUCUAAUGGCCGUUUUUGUCUAUACCACAAUUGUUGGCAUUGUCCUUGGAGUUAUUGUUCUGAUUGGCGUUUUCAUAUUCCUAUUAAUUAUUCUUAAACACGAAUUUGUGUAUUCAAUUGUGGUGCUCGUUGUCGGCCUUAUUUGUAUUGGUAUUGAAAUAUUGGCCUUCUCACCCAUCUACAUUCUCUAUAAGAGAAUACGCAAAGCAAAUUCCGUUCCUGAACAGUAUGGUUUGAGCACAAAUCAGCCAUUGUAUAAAACUGAUUAUAAUUAAUAUGUUAUUUCGCAUACGUAUCUACCUCGUAUAUAAAUGUAAGUUUUGUAAAUUAUUACAAAUAAACAAGAAAGGAAUGAA